GCUAGAAGGCGUGGUUUGAGAUGGGAAAAGAAUGGUUGGUGGAUACCGGCAGAUGAUUGUGUGAGAUUAAAGGGUUGGGAUCCAUGGGCCGAGCCGACGGGAACGAGUGGUAACAAGGAUGACGGAGAUCGGCCAAUAGGCGAGUGGCGCGCAUCGGCCCAUGAUGCGCGCGGUUGGACGGAAAAGGCUACACGCGAGUGGCCAGGUGGGCGUACGAAGGAUGCACGGGACGUAUUGGCGUAUGGUAGUAACGCGCGGGCGACGAGCGGCAAGGACGCGACGCACGCUAGGCACGCG